AUGGCAAAACGUGUCCAACCGACGUGGCAGGUGCCGGAAGAGAAGCCGGCCCCUCGGCUGCAUCUUUACAACAGCUUGACGCGCCGGAAGGAGCUGUUUGUGCCGCGGGAUGGCCGUAACGUGCGGUGGUACAGCUGUGGUCCGACCGUGUACGAUGCGUCGCACAUGGGCCACGCCCGAUCCUACAUCAGCUUCGACAUACUGCGCCGUGUGCUGGCCGAUUACUUCGGCUACAACGUGCUGUACGUGAUGAACAUUACCGACAUCGACGACAAGAUCAUCAAACGGGCCCGACAGAACCACCUGUACGAGCGGUACCUGGAGGAAGCGAAGGUGGCUCCCCUCGAGCGGUUACUCGACGAUAGCCAGGAGGUGAUGGCCGCCUUCCGGGAGAUCGUCGCACGCACCACCGAUACCGACAAGCGUGCGAUGAUGGACCGGAUGUUGGAACGGCUUUCGGUGGCGCUGGACAAUCUCAGCCUUGCGGUCAGUACUGGUGACGCAGCAAAGAUCGAUCAAGCGCAGGAGCAGUUGUUGCGCGACUCUAAAGAUCCCCUCUCGGACCAUCUCGAUGCGAAACGGGGCUCCACGGUGACGGAGAAUGCGAUCUUCGAAACGUUACCACGGUACUGGGAGGACGAGUUUCACAAGGAUAUGUGUGCGCUGAACGUGCGGCCAGCCGACAUACUGACGCGGGUCAGCGAGUACGUACCGCAGAUUGUGGCGUACAUCGAACGCAUCAUCGCCAACGGGUUGGCUUACGAAGCAAACGGAUCGGUGUACUUUGAUGUGGCACGUUUCGAUGGUCGCCCCGAGCACCAUUACGCGAAACUCGUCCCGGAAGCGUACGGGGACGCGAAGCAGCUGCAGGAAGGCGAAGGCGAUCUAAGCACCGGUGAAGAUAGGUUGGGCGAGAAGCGAUCGCCGAAUGAUUUCGCACUCUGGAAAGCAAGCAAAGCGGGCGAACCGUGGUGGGCCAGCCCCUGGGGUAAGGGCCGUCCCGGAUGGCACAUCGAGUGCUCGGCCAUGGCUUCGGACAUUUGCGGUGACUACUUGGACAUCCACACCGGAGGCGUGGAUCUAAAGUUUCCCCAUCACGACAACGAGCUGGCACAGAGCGAGGCGCACGACGGGAGCAGCGAGUGGGUCAAGUACUUCCUGCACACGGGUCACCUCACGAUCGCUGGCUGUAAGAUGUCGAAAUCGUUGAAAAACUUCGUCACCAUUCAGCAGGCACUCGAACGCCACACGGCCACCCAGCUGCGGUUAGCGUUUUUGCUGCACUCGUGGAAGGACACGCUCGAUUACUCCGACAACACGAUGGAGAUGGCCGUCCAGUACGAGCGGCUGUUGAACGAGUUCUUUCUCAACGUGAAGGAUCUGACGCGCCAUGUGCUGACGGGGCAACCACGCGAUACCUUCGAUCCGUGGACUCCGGUUGAGGCCGCGUUGGAGCGUAAGUUCGGUGAGACGAAAGCUGCCGUCCACGAAGCACUCUGCGAUAACGUUGACACGCGCACCGCACUCGAUGCCAUCCGAGGGCUCGUGUCUUUGAGCAACGUGUACAUCAAGGAGCACCGAGGUGCCCUCAACGCGUUGCUUCUCCGGCGUAUCGCUGCGUACUGCACGGAUCUGUUGCACAUCUUCGGUGCCAUCGAAGGUCCACGGGGUGGCAUCGGGUUCCCGAUCGGCUCCGGAGGAGCUGCCAGCACUGCCACGGGUGAUCUCGAACAGAUCGUUAUGCCGUACCUCUCGACACUGGCCGAGUUCCGCAUGGCGGUUCGCGAGCAGGCUCGUACGCUGAAGGCGACCGACAUCCUUAAACUUUGCGAUACCCUUCGCGAUGAUCUUCUGCCAGCGCUGGGCGUGCGGCUCGAGGAUCGCGACGAUGGGACACCGUCCGCGCUUAAACUGGUUCCGGCCGAACAGCUCGCGAAGGAACGUGAAACAAAACGAGCGGAAGAGCUGCGUCGGGCGGAGGAAAAAGAACGCAAACGAGCGGAAACAGCGGCGGCACAAGCGGCAAAGGAUGCCCAGCGAAAGGUGAAUCCGAUGGAAAUGUUCCUCGGCGAGACGGACAAGUACUCGGCAUUCGAUUUGGCUACCGGACUGCCAACGCACGAUGCAGAAGGGAAAGAAGUUAGCAAGGGUCAGCUGAAGAAGCUGCAGAAAUUGCAACAAGCGCAAGAGAAGCGCUACCAGGAGUAUCUGGCGUCGAGCCGGGCGUGA